AAAUUUAAAUAGGAAAUUCUUGAAGUAGAAAAUGUUGACUGCAUUGCGUCGCAAAUUUCGCCUAGGAAUGCAGCGUACGGUUCUCAUUGCGGUGCUGCUGGCGGUUGGCCUCUUCAGCUAUGCGUUCCUCAAUCUAUCCUUUUGCUUCAAGCUCAUGUCCCACAGAAGUCUUACGCACAUGUGCCAAAAGUAUGAGCAUCAUGAGUUCAGUGGCUCGCUCUGUGAGGAACUGUGCGGCAGCCAGUCCAGUUAUGAUAACUUUCAAUGUCCGUUGAAUGACAUGAAAACUAUUUUGUUUACGGCCGAAAAGAAUGGCGACAUGUAUGCGGUGAAGCUGGCAAAGCAUAAUGACGAUGACUUGAGCUGGACGAACAGCAAGGGCGAGUCCAUCUAUCCCAAGAUCGAGGAGUUCCAUGAGAUUGUCAAGCUGCACAUUAUACUUGCCUACAAUGUAACAUUAGAUGAUAAUAUGAUUAGGGCUCUGGUCAAUCAGGAGAUAGCUGACAACAACUCUCAGCAAAUGGUUAGCUUCUGGAGAUUGUUCAAGGACAACAACUAUAUGAUGGGCAAACUGUUUGAUGAAGAGUCCGUAUUUCCAACAGUUAUGGGCUCCUGCGGUCCUUACUAUGCCACAGAGGGCCUUGAAAUAGUGCAGGCCAAUCCCAGCAUUAUUCAAUAUCUCGCCUCAAAUCGCCAGCAGCGUCUGAAGCAUGCACUUAAUAUUAUGGAGUACAUAUUUCGGCUGGAGGAGAUGAAGCCGGAGCCGCUGAGGAUGUGUAAGAUGCAAGUAAAUCGCUUUGGCCUCACGCCCGAUAGGCGCCUCAAGUACCAAAGUGCAGAGCAUGUCUAUGUCGAGAGUCAGCUGGACAAGCGCAUGUCCAAUGGCAUCAAGUGUCGCACCAAUCUGGACUGCAACUUCCAUUCCUGCCGUGGACUGUGCGAUGCAGAGCGACAAGCCUGUACUCAUGUGCAGCAGAACAACAACUUUCAGAUAUUCUGCGAGCAUGUUCUCCUGGGCAGCGGCACCUUUCAGCCGGGACUCUUGAGUGGCAUACGCUUGCCCCGGUCGCUGCAGAAGCUGGUGAAGAUGUGCGUGCAGCCGCCGAAGGAGCAUCAGCUCCCAGAUCGUCGCCAGGCGCCCAACCUACAGCUGGCUUUAAGGCUCUACAAUGAGUUGAAGCAACUGCUCCAGGCGAUGAUCACCGCAUCCGGUGCCGACUCCGAAGUGGAGGCAGAGGCUCCGCGUCUUAGACAGCGAGGAGGCGCUUAGACGUCGAAGAUUUAUAUGUAGUUGAAUUGAACAUUUCCUGCUGAUGGCGUGCUCAAAAAUUGGUAGCAUUUUUACAGAAAUUAGUUUUAAUAAUUUAAAAAAAUAAUUAUAGAGUUAACAUAAAUAAAAAAGGUUUUUUUAAUA